UUUUAUUGGAUCCUUCUGCAGUCGGUCAGACUGAAAGCACCAAAAGGGGCGGGAAAUUUGGUACUAGUGGAGCGUUCUCGGCUGUUCCAGUAGCAGAUUGAUUAACAAAAUUGGUCAUCGACUACAGCAGCUAACGACACUUUUUCCAAAGUAUUGUGAAGGGAAAUGCUCGAUAUAUGGCUGAGGGAGAACUAUACAAGUUGUGUAGGUUGAUAAACCUCUGAACAUGGUAAUGUAACUUUCAAACUAGCAUAGCUUCAUCAUCACCAUUUGACGUUACCGUUAACCAGUUGGUUUGAUAUCCCAUUAUCUUUCAGCUAACUCACGUUAAAUAGCUUUUACCGUUCUAUAUACAAGCUGAUAACGAGACGUCGUUAUACAAACUACAUAGUCCUUUUGGGUUGUAUCGUUUCAAUUGUCGAUAUGGAUUCAUUUGGCUGACGUUAACCUGUCCUUCUAAACAGUUGGCUACAUUUCAGUUACUUACUCCUCGAGACUAGCUAAUGUUAACUGGGAACCACUGUUUACACACACUUUGAUAUCGAAAUCGUACCCACCCCCCGUAACAGGUUGAUAAUAAUGUAACAGCUUGAUAAUAAUGUAACAGCUUGAGACUGAUAUUACGGCUAGAGAAACGGUUAUCUAGCGAAAAUGCUCUCCUGACCUGCUACGAAAAUCACUUUGUAUCGAAGUGCGGUGAAGAGGGUUUCCCAAACUCUGUCGGUGUGGGGAAACGUUAGCUAAGGCAUGGUUAACUCACUAGCUAGUCUAAUUAGCAAGUGCCGUAGCUAGCAAGCAAUUUGGCACUGUCUGUAGAUAGCUAGGCUAACUAGCACAGGCCAGGGUUCUGUGUGAGCUCAGAUUCGCUUGCUAGCUAGCAGCAACAAAUACUAGAAGUUGCCUUAGCCAAAGAUAACCGGAAGAAUAUUCACUUGCUGGAACUUAAACGAAUAGAAAAUUGCACGAGCCUAAACAAACAUGAAACUUGUUGCUGUUUAACUCCACAGGUGGGCUAUGUUUGCGCUAUUCAUGUCGGUGUUUUUCAGAUCCAUCAAUCAGCAUUGGAGUAGUUGCCUACAUAGAACGUUGCUUUGCGUCACCAUGUAGCUUCGCAUUGGUAGCUUGGAACGUCGCAGGCGUUUCUGAAGACAUCUUGAAUCAGCUAAAAGAGGACACCAGGAUGAGUAAUCAAGAGAAGAUGGAAUUGGACCUCGAAAUCCCAUCUUCACUAGUUCAGAGUGAUGGACAACUGAGACGUUCCAACAGUGCCCCAAUGAUAAAUGGCCUAAGUGAACAUUCCCAGGUGUUCCAGAGUGAGAUUCUAUGCAGCAGGAGAAACAGCACCACUGUUGUCAUCCGCCCUAAUAUAGUCCCUUCAUCGCCCAUUCGCGUCCCCAGCACUAGGCUUCAUCAGCUCAAACAGGAGGAAGGUGUAGAUUUGAUGAACAGAGAGACUGCCCAUGAACGGGAGGUUCAAGCAGCCAUGCAGAUGAGCCAGUCCUGGGAGGAGAGUCUGAGCCUGAGCGACAAUGACUUAGAGAAAUCUGCAUUGUCGUCUCCAAAGCGGAUCGACUUUAUGCCCGUGUCCCCUGCCCCAUCCCCUACUAGAGGGAUAGGGAAAAAGCAGUGCUUCUCCCCUUCAUUGCAAAUCCUGGUGAGCAGCCAUGGCCUAUCCCCCAGCCCUAUACCUAGCCCAACGCGACGCUUCAGCCGGCGGAGCCAAAGCCCCAUUCACUGCAUCAGGCCCAGCAUCCUGGGUCCCAUCAAACGUAAAGGUGAGAUGAUGGAGACUGAGAGCCAGCCAAAGAGGCUCUUCCAGGGGACCACCACAAUUCUGUCCUCUGAUGUACUUGUGCCCCAAGUCCAACUGCCAGACUUCACCUCUUGUCUCUCUCCGCCGGACGUGCUGGACGGCAGCCUUAGCAGUGUGGGUUCUUCCACUGGCUCGCCAUCUAAGAUGGAGGGCAUCUCUGAGUCUCCUUCCUCCAGCAAUUCUCCCUUCAACCCCCUCCAGGACCACUCUCCAAAAUGAACAAGGGAACAUGAGACUCUAAACAAGAGUGAAGGCAUGAAAGCCACCUCAACUGUAUGACCCCCCCCCCAUCACUUUGCUUUAGCUAAUGUGGGAAUCCCUUCCCAUGCUGUUUGCUUUUGCUAGGGGAGGAGAAUCUUGGUGUUUGCAUUGAAAGGAAACCAAAGCCCUGGCUGUGAGCUGUAGACACACCAUGCUGUAGUAGACUAGUGCGACGCUAUGAGAACAGUAGCUGGAUAUGGAUCCUUUACAUGGUGCUGCUUCGCCCACAGUAACCAGAACAGCCAAGUUGUCUACCCUGCAUCACAUCACUGUCAGCUUCCAUCCCCUACUUCCUUUUCCAGCUUCACACUGGGGAGACUGAACACUGGAUGGAGAAAGUUGCUCACUAAGUCAGUUUUCCUUAUAGAAAACUAAUUCUCCAGGCGUUUUUGGUGCACAAAACAGUCUGCAGGUCUUGUAUGAAUGAAAGGAUAUAACUUGUUGUUUUUGUAAGUGUGUAUAUAAUUUUUCAUGUCAAGUCAUUAGUUGUAUGUUUGAUUGGCUGAGUGAUGAAUGCAGGCGCACAGGGCUUCAAAAGUGAACUGACAAUUCUCUCGAGGGGAUUGGAAAUGUUCUUACUCCUUGUCAUUAUACGGAAAUAACAGUUUUCAGUUUAUAUCCUCAAGUAGUCCCCAAGAUGUGGGGUAUCCUUCUGGUUAAUUUUCUAAAUUUGGCACUUAAUCUGGCCCCCCUCCGGUAUUAGUUAACUACAGUUGCCAGUGGUUUGGGUCAUGUCUACCCAUCCCUGCAGAUUUUACUAGGAAGGGAAGUAAGCGGGGGGCACACACUGGGGUCUCUGAGUCCUACUUCCUGGAUAUAUCUGUAGACCUGCAGGAUGUGCAACAAUUUAGUUUUUACUUCUGAAGCUUUUAGGAAAGUAAUUGUGUUCUUGUUUGAAGCCACUUUGUAAAUGUAACUGACUUUUUUUAGGCUACAUUAUUGCAGUUUAUACUGAACAUUAGAAUAGCUCACCCUAUUCUCAAUACUCUGCAAUUAAAUCAAUAGAUUGGUUUAGGAUGAGCACACUGGGGUAGAGGACAGAACAUGGUGCCAUUUCAAAAGGGAUUCAGUGAGUGGGCUUAUGUCGGUCUACUGUGGUCAACAUUUGUCCGAAAAGCUUUGUGCAGAAUGUCACUGGAUUGGUAUGUUAUGAAUAACAUUUGCAAUGAACAUUCAUAAGCAAUACCAAAGAGUUAUCAGAGGAACUGUGAAGGCACACUUCAGUUAUACACUGAUUCACAAAUUUCAUUUUAAGGCCGCUGUAAAACAUUUGGGUUAAGUCAUUUCAGUUCAACUCUUACAUUUGAUAUUUUUCCCCUCGUUCAGGGUAUGGUGUCUAUACAAAGGGAGGGGGAGACUAUGUACAAAAGUGAUUAUACAUUUUCAAUGAUAAAUGUAAAUGAAACAGCGUUAUGAAUAGUGAAUAUCUUUUAAAGAAACUGCAAGCUGGUCGAUCAGGUAUGCUUGCACUGCUGUCAAUGUAAUUGGUUUAGGUUUAGCAAUUGUGUUUUUUUUUGGGGGGGGGGGGUUAUGUCCUGUUCAUUUUUAAAUUAGUCUGAAUGUCUAGGGGCAUGAGAUCGGCAAAAUAAAUUAAGUGUAUAUGGGUGGGUCGUAGACUUAAGACUGCUUGCCAAAGUUUUGAACAAGGGUAAAUAGUGUUAUUUCCAUUCAAUGACUUCUGGUUGUUGGCAAUGUUUAAAUGUCUUGCAAAUCUC